AGUGCCCUAAAAUCAACCUCCCCCCGGCCUUCCUUUCUCUUCCACGAACCCCGGCUCUUCCCUCGUCCACCGCCGCCGCCGCCGCCGCCGCCGCCAUGGACCCCAAACUCCUCUCUACGCAGGAGGAACCAUCCAACGAGAGAAAGAAGGAUAAAAAGAGCAAGAAGAAGGAGAAGAAGCCGAAGUCAGCGGCCGAGGCCGAGGCCGAGGAGGUAGCGGCGGAACAGGAGGAACUAUCCAACAAGAGAAAGAAGGAUAAAAAGAGCAAGGACAAGAAGCGGAAGCUAGCGGCAGAGGCCGAGGAGGCAGCGGCGGAAGAAGAGGCCAAGAGCAGCAAGAAGAGAGGGGUGGCCACAGAGGAACCGGACCAAGGAGGGGCCGUGGAGAAGAGCGUGGCGGUGACUGGGAAGGGGUUCGCGGACCCCAAGUAUGCGCCGCUCAACUCCUUCGCCGCCGCGGCGCUGCCAACCCAGGUGCUCGACUGCUGCAAGGGGUUCGACCGGCCGUCACCCAUCCAGGCGCUAGCCUGGCCGUAUCUCCUCGAUGGCCGCGAUUUCAUUGGCAUCGCUGCCACCGGAUCUGGGAAGACUAUUGCGUUUGGUGUGCCGGCGCUGAUGCACGUCAGGAAGAAGCUGAGUGAAAAAGGCGCCAAGAAGGGGUUGCCGCGAUGCCUCAUGCUGGCUCCAACAAGGGAGCUUGCUCAGCAGAUCGCAGAUGUACUUACUGAAGCUGGUGCGCCAUGCGGGAUAAAUUCAGUGUGCCUCUAUGGUGGAACAUCAAAAGGACCCCAAAUAUCUUCCCUUAAAUCUGGAGUUGAAAUAGUCAUAGGAACUCCUGGUCGUAUGAAAGACCUCAUUGAAAUGGGUGUUUGUCGUCUUAACGAGGUUUCUUUUGUGGUUCUUGAUGAAGCAGAUCGGAUGCUGGAUAUGGGUUUUGAACCUGAGGUCAGGGCGAUUUUAAGCCAAACAUCAUCGGUGCGUCAGAUGGUUAUGUUCAGUGCAACAUGGCCUUUUGCUGUCCACCAGCUAGCUCAAGAGUUUAUGGAUCCGAAUCCAAUAAAGGUUGUUGUUGGAUCGGAAGAUCUCGCAGCUAAUCAUGAUGUGAUGCAAAUUGUUGAAGUAUUGGAUGAUAGAGCACGGGAUUCAAGAUUAGUUGCUUUGCUCGACAAGUAUCAUCGAGCACAGAGCAACCGGGUUUUAGUUUUUGUGUUGUACAAGAAAGAAGCUGGGCGAGUAGAAGCAAUGCUUAAUAAAAGGGGGUGGAAAGCUGUUUCUGUCCAUGGAGACAAGGCUCAGCAUGAUAGAACAAAAGCCUUAUCUUUAUUUAAAGAAGGAAAAUGUCCUUUAAUGAUUGCGACGGAUGUGGCUUCACGAGGACUUGACAUUCCUGAUGUUGAAGUUGUCAUCAAUUAUAGUUUUCCUUUGACCACGGAGGAUUAUGUACACAGGAUUGGAAGGACAGGUCGUGCAGGCAAGAAAGGUGUUGCACAUACAUUCUUCACUCAAGCGGACAAGGGACUUGCUGGUGAGCUUGUCAAUGUUUUACGGGAGGCUGAUCAGGUUGUUCCUCCAGCCCUUACGAAAUUUGGCACACAUGUGAAGAAAAAGGAAUCAAAGAUCUAUGGUUCCCACUUCAAGGAAAUCACAGCAGAUGCUCCUAAAUCAACAAAGAUCACAUUCGGUGAUUCAGACGAGGAGUAACUAACUUACUUUGCUGGUGUUGGUCAUACAACAGUAGAAAAUUCAUCCGAUACCGUAGUAUCAUUUAGAUUUAGGUCAAUCCUUUACUUGUUUUCCUGAGGGUGGUUUCUAUGUUCUUUUUGGAAGUGAAGAAAAAACAGUAAAGCUUGAAAUGUACCAAAACAGUAUCGGCAGCCUAUUAUGUCACAAGCUAGUGAUUCCGUGGUGCA